AUGUCUACUUUGAAGCCGCCGGAACCACCUUACCCGAUAGGCGUCGUCGCGGCACUCGCCCACGCCAAAGAUAUGUCCGUUACUCCUAAGCCGACGUUGCUAAACAGAGAAUUCUCGCUGGACGACAGAGUAGGCAUCGUUACUGGCGGGAAUCGGGGACUUGGUCUCGAGAUGGCAAUGGCAUUACUGGAGGCUGGCGCGAGAGCCGUCUAUUGUUUUGAUCUGCCACAACAGCCCGGAGACGACUGGGAGGCGGUCAGGGAUUACGUCGCGAAGAUGGACCUCGGUAACGGGAAGAAAGGAGGACGGCUGGAGUACGUCAGCGCGGAUGUGACCGACCAAAAGGGGAUGUGGGAGAAAGCAGAGAACAUAGGUGACAAGGAAGGGCGAUUGGACGUGUGUAUUGCGGCUGCAGGUAUCUUGAACCCUCACACCGACUGUUUGGCGUAUGAGGCGGAGAAAUUCAAGAAGGUUAUCGACGUUAACGUGAAUGGGGCGCUCUUCACAGCCCAAGCGGCCGGCAGACAGAUGUCGAAAUUUGGAAUACCGGGCAGCAUUAUUAUGAUUGCAUCUAUGAGCGGAAGUAUCACUAACCGGGGCCACGCUUGGGUAUCUUACAAUACCAGCAAGUCUGCUGUCCUACAGAUGGCUCGCAGUAUGGCCUGCGAACUCGGCGUCAAUGGCAUCAGAGUAAACACAGUUUCUCCGGGACAUAUCUACACGACGAUGACCGCAGCGUAUUUUGACACGCGACCCGAGCUUGUGGACGUGCUGUCCAACGCAAACCCAUUGGGAAGGAUAGGCAGGCCAGACGAGGUGAGAGGUGUUAUUGCCUGGCUGGCUAGUGACGCCAGUACGUUCUGCACUGGAAGCGAUAUACUUGUAACCGGAGGCCACCACGCGUGGUAG